AUGAUUGAUGAUUGCCCUGCCGACUGCAUCUGUCGAGAUAACCAAUGGCGUCACCCUGAUACAUCUGAAUACAUGGCUCCUCCAAAGCCGAUUGACACCAAUGGCACACCUGGACGAGGUUUUUGUCCGCCUCUGCACCUGGAAAGCAACAUGUGCAGAGAUGCAUGUGAAGAGACACAAAGAAAAUUCGGUCAUCUUUGCUUCGGGCAGAAUAAACUGUAUAAAACCUCGCUGCGCAGAGCCACGAGUAUGAAGGAAAGAGACUCUGACACUCAGGAUGACUGGAAGCCUAGCAUCAGUUUCGUUGUCGGGAGCAAGAUUGAGGAUGAAAUGCACAUCCAGGCCCUGGCUCUUGCUGUGCAGGUGCCACUGAGAAAACUCUUCAGUGUGAUAACAUGUGAAGACCUUUACAAACAGGUUGCAGAAUCUGGGCGUCCAAAGGGAAGAAGGCUUAAGGAUAUGCCUAUGUACUAUGAGGUGAUGGAAUUAGCCAAAGCCUUUCUGGACCAAGGUGAAAAAUUUCCUGCAACACUAACUGGAAAGCUGUUGAAAUUUCAAUUGCUUUGUCUCAAACAGAAGGCUCUUCAGAGAAGAGAAGAGGAAAAGAAGGCAGAACUGCUGAAAAAAGAAAAGGAGAAAGCGAGAGAAAAAGAAAAAGAAAAAGAAAAAGAUAAGAAAUCUCCUGAUAAGACAGGUGGAAAAGAUAGUAAAGGAAAAAAGUCAGAGUCAUCAUCCCCUGUUAAAAAGGACACCAAAUUCAAACAACGGGGAGAAGUGGAAGUGAAAGAUAAAUACAUUGAUGAUGAACCAGAUGAUGGUGCUGAUUAUUAUGUUAUCAUUCUGGGUUUCCCCAAUCUUCAGUUGUUACCUGUCUUGACUGAGCUUGGGAUUAACAUUUCAAGUGUAAUUCAAAUUUCUUCUGAAAAUUACAAGCCAUUGCAGAUAUACUUAGAAGCAACUAAACUUCAAAAACAAUCUUCACUUUCACUUGAAGAUAUAGAAGCAGAGAAAAGAAAGGAAGAUGAAGCUAAGAAAGACCUGGAAACAUUUUGGAAAUUCCUGGAGCCCGUUCUGAGCAGUGGAAAGCACGGAUCAGGUCUCUUUGAUGUUGCCAGGCUUCAUUACCUAGUUAAGGAAAGUGACUUUCCCCCUGAUUGGACAGACAGAGAAAUGCUGCUUGAAUUGGGUACUGUGGUGUUUGAACACGUUGCUUGUUUGAUGUAUGACUGCCUGGACUGGAGAAGACAGCAUUGCAACUACUUGGAAAACACCAAGUUUAUUAACGUGGCUGUGUUACCAGAGAGCAAAUCAACACAACCAUCUUCACUUGAGGAGCAACCAGCACCACAGAUGUCACCUACAAGGAAAAGAGGGAAACAAGAAGAAAUUCUGCCAACAAUAGUUCUGUCAGAGACAGAAGAAACUUCCGUUCUGUUUCCUUCUGUGGACAUGAGAUAUUAUAAUGACUUGCUGUAUCAAAUUCCUGAGGAGUACUUUUCUGUACCCUUAAUGCUGAGCUGCAUGUUGGAACAGGUUAUUGCAAGUGAGGAAGACCUUCCACCACCAAGUCUUGUGUCACUAGAGCCUCAGGAAGAUGAGCUGCAUCGUGCCAUUGCAGAUCAUAUAAUCUCUGUCCUUCCUUCUCUUUACCUUCCUAUGAGUGAAAAAAAGAAUCUGUAUGACUACUUUUCUCCUAAACCCCAUGUACAAGAGAGGGUCACCCCCGAGUACCCUCUCUUAUUUAACUACCACGAUGCCCUGGCUCAGCGGUUGCACCUCCUGAAGGUCCAAGAGAAUGUCGAUCCAGAAAAGAUUGAGCAUGAAAUGAUGGAUAAAUUGCCUCUUACAGAACUUAUCCAUUUCACCCCUCCUUCAACUGAAAACAACACUAAACGCUUGGCCAGAGUUCAUGAGCUCAUGUAUUAUUUUACUACUGAACUUCUGAAUUGGGCUGAGGUAGAAAGAGCCUUCAGAGUGUUUACUUUUGAAAGCCUGAAGCUGACUGAGCUAAGUGACUCUGGUUUCCUGGAGAGCUCUGGAUCUAGGCUUGGAGGUGAUUCUGAAGAGUCUUAUAUCCCUUGGGAUAAUCCAGCCGUGUUUGCAAGACAGCUGAGACAAUUCUUCCUUAUGGAAAAGAAAUUUAGUGGGAAAUCUCCAAGAAGCUCUGGGUAUACAGAAACAAGUGACGAAGAUGAAGAAGACGAUCCGGUUUAUCCUCUUUUGAACGUAGAUUUGGAUCAUCUUUAUUCUGAUAUGGUGAGUCUCGAAAAUUAUGGCCUAGGACCAAAAUUAGAAGAAAUAAAAAAGACACAGAGGCGUUGCUUGACAGACUGGAGUUUGGAAGAGCAUUUUCAACCACAUGUUCUUCAUCAGGUUCUUCAUACAGCAUCCCAAGAAUACAGAUGUGUUGAUUCCUUUUAUCAUAGCCAAGAUAACUCUUUACUAAUGGUUUUUCACAAUCCCAUGAAUCAACAUCGUCAGAGCCAAGAGACUUGGAAUAUUGCUCUGCACUCUAAUGUGGGAUUCAGAAACUAUCUUGAGCUGGUGGCCAACUCAAUUGAAGACUGGGUGAAAGAGGAAGAAGCUAAAUACCAAAAAGAGAAGAUGGGCAGCACGACUGAACUUGAGAAUGUAAUAGAGUCUCAAUCCAAGAAAGAAGAAAGUCCCAUUAUCAGAGAAGAUUCUCUAAAGGCUUGGAAGAUCGAGCAGGACCGAUUACGAGAGGAAGAAGAAAAAGAAAAGGAAGAAGAACAAGAAAAGGAAGAAAAAUUGCAAAGAAAAAGCCAGGAUUUAAGAGGAAGUAAAGAAGGAAAUAAAAAAGGAAAUAAAGGAUCAAACAGAAGACCUUUGGAAGACAAGUAUCAAAAUGAGUCAGCAAAAGCCGCUGAACUUGAGGAGGAUCAUAGCAUUCCAGAAACAUGUUCUGAGAAAGUUUAUAAGUUUCAGGGCUACAAUACAGGGGACGAUAUCAUUCAAGUAUCAGGAACCAAUCGGUAUCUUUUCCCAUCCGAUGGAGGACAGAUUCAAGUAGAGAAGAUAGAGUUUGUAAAAAAAACUUUGAUAAAGGUGAAAGUAAUGAAAGACAAGCACAAUUUCUUCAUUCAUGUGACAGACCCCAAGGAAAACUUCAAGGAAGCUGAAGAGCAAGAAAUUAAUGAAGAACAGCAAAUUACAUCAGAAGAAUUGAAAAAUAAAAAGAAAGCUGUGAGCAAGUUUGGAUCUUUUUCAGCCACCUUGGAAAAUGGAAUCCAGCUGUCUCUGAGCUAUUAUGGACCUACAGGGGAGGCAGAUGAUGAAGCAGCUCUUGUCUUAGAAAGAAUUCUGAACAUCCCUUCUGUUCAUCUUCCAACGGUAGUUCCAACAGUUUCUGUUGUUACACCAUCUCAGGGAAAAAAAGAUAAGCUUGACAGAGGAAAAUCAGGAAAAGCUUCUACCAAAGGAAGCCGUCGCAAACUAGCCCCUUCACCACCUGAUAAUGUGGUACAGAAAGAAGAACAAAAGGUAGAAAUGCAAGAACCAGUUCCCCAAGCACAAGAGGUGUCAGAUGCUCCUGCUUUUCCGAGUUUGAAUGUCUCCUGUCCCAACGGACUUGUACUAACUUUCCUCAGUGAAAGGUUUCAAGGUGAAGCCGCUGCCACUGAAGCAAAGAAAGAGACAGUAGAGGAAAGUAAUGGCAAAGCAGAUGAGGAAGAGAAGGAAAAGCUUAUGCCAAGUGGAGGGAAGGAAGAGGUUAUGCCAAGUGGAGAGGAGGAACAUCAGGUUACAGAAAGUGAAAUCAAGCAGGAAGGCACCCAAAGUGAACAGGCUAAGCAUCCUCCUCUGGAAAUUAUGGUUAGACAGAGUUAUCCCCAAAAGGUAAAGGACUGUCAUCUUUAUUCACCUCCAGCGAGGCAAAAAGAACAAGAGGUGUCAAGAGUCAUCACUAGUCAAGGAACUGUCAUAAAGCACCUGAUGGAUGGAUCUACCCAGAUUCUGUUUGCUGAUGGCACGGUGAUUAAUAGCCCUGAUUCUGGUCCUGUCCUACCCCCACCUGCAGAUGAAAUACAGGUGAAAUCUCCCUUACCAGAAUCAGACCAUUUAUCUGAGAAUAGCACAAAGAAAGGAAAAGGCAGUGACAAGACAUCACUACCGUCUCAGAAGUCUGAUGAGUUUGAAAAGGUCAUUUCUACACAACCUAAGGCAGGAACCUGGAUAACAACAACUCCAUUAGGCAUUCUAGUGGGCACAGAGGGUGCCACAAGAAUGGAUCUGAAGCCUCUCUUAAUGUAUCAGGCCACGAACCCAGCUGAUGGAAUGAUUAUGACUGUACGAGAAGAUGAAGUGAUAAUUGUUGAAAAGCCAGAUGGUAACAAAGUAGUAGAACAUGCUGAUGGUACCAGGAUUACAUCUUUUUAUGAAAAAUGUGAAGACCUUUCUGUACCAGAGGGUAGUGUGGAAACAGAUGAACCCUCAGAAGCCAUCGCAAAGAAGCGCAAAGGUACACGAGUAGAGCAUCCUGAGUUUGCUACUGUUGUAGCAGAUUGGAAGGAUGGUACCUGUUGUACUGUCUUUGGAGAUGGGACAUCUAUUGUAGCAAAGCCACAGGGAACAUAUCAGGUUUUACCCAGCAAGGGAGGCUUUCUUUUCUUUGAUGAAGACUGCUCAGCAGUUUACAGCCAUGAAGCUUAUGAUUUCAGCAGCAAGGAAGAAGAGAAACAAGCAGGGAGAUACAUUAUGAAACACACUUCCAGCACUAUUUGUGAGAUGAUGGAUCCUGAAGGAAAUACUUUCAAGGUCCUGGCUGAUGGCAGCACAGAUGUGUGCAUUCCCAGCAGUGGUUCUGAUGAGAAGGAGGACAAGAGUUCAGCAGCAGAUGAUGUUAACAAACCUGUCACUGAUAACGAGCAUGUCCCCAGGUUUUUCAUCAUCUCUGAGGAUGGUUCUGGAACGGAGCUCCUGCGAACAAAGGAUGUACGCGAGUAUAUGGCUGAGGCCUGCAGUGAUCCUGCCACUGCAGUCUUGCAGGAUCCUGUACAAGAACAGCCAGGUGUUUUAAGUAUUACUGUCCUCCGGCCUAUGGCUGAAACAUCCCCCUGGGUAAUGAAGAAAGAACCAGAGAGUAUUGUUCCUCCAUAUCUACAGCCAGAGACUCAGAAAGAAUCUUCUCCUCCUGAGAAGGAGAUCAAAGGUCCCCUAGUGAGAAGGUAUGCCUGGAGGGGUCUCAGCAUCGGAGAAGCUCGUGUGUCCUUGCCAGCCCCAGUGCGAAAAUGUCCCAAAAAACUGCAGAUCCGCCAGCUAUUCCAGUAUAAGCCACUCUGUGAUGAACUAAGAGAAAAACUGCAUCUUUCCCUCAAGGAAUAUGUAGAGAACAUCUUAAAGCAGGAAAAUGAGCUGGAAGAGAUUAAUGUCAAAGAAGUAAGAACAGAAGAGGAAAAGGAGAAUGCUGCAAGUCUCCUUGAACAGUCCUUCCCUGACUGGAAAAAGUCAACUGAAAAGCUCAGUGAUAAAGCCCGUGUGAGCCAGCUGUAUGAGCAGGCAGUGGCUCCUCCUGCCCAGGAUCACACUCGGAAGGCAAGCACUGCACAGAGACAGGACCAGCAGGACAGUCCGGAUGGAGUAACAUCCAAGUGGAAAAGCAAACUGGAAGAGACCUGGAAAGAACUGGAUAAACAGAAAGCUUUAUUCGCAGCACUGAUAAAUGAUAUUUAUGCUCCGUAUUUUGAAUCUGAAUUUGGCAAAACCUUCUACCAACAAAAGUUUCCCGAUUUGGAAGCAAUGUCUAAGGAACUUCCUCCACUUCAAAAAGAAACAAGUGAGACCUGGCCUCUGAGGCUGAUAAGAGAACCCAGUGGAGCUGAAUUUCUUGAUACAAGUGAAUCAUCCCUUUCAUCUGGCCUUCCCCUGCAGUAUCCUUCCAAAGAAGAUGAUGGUUCCAGCAGCACAAGAGACAAGACUGAGGGGGCAGAAGAGACAGCCUUUCAACAGAAAGUUCCAAGUCUGAUGGUGGAUGUUACAGGACAGACAAGAAAAGAGAGAGUAAUAUUACCAUCAUGCCUUCAGGGGAAAAAACCAACCACCAUACCAAAUAAAAAGAUAGAAGAUCCUGCUUCAGGAAAGGUCAGCACAUCUUCUCUUGCAACAAGACAGGAUCUUACCAAAUUCCAUCUCAUCCCACCCAGGGUGGUAUUUGGAGUGCUAAAGGAAGGCUGCAUCUAUGCAACCAUUGUAAUCAUGAAGAAUGUUGGUGUGAACUUCUCAAGGUUUCGGGUGAAGCAGCCUCCUCCAUACACAGGACUGAGAGUGAUGUACACACCAGGACCUGUGGCUGCAGGCUUGCAGGCUGAACUGGAGAUAGAGAUUUUUGCCAUGCUGAUUGGAGGGAAAGACACUGGUGGCCUUGAAGAAGUUUCCCAUAAUAUUGAAAUAGUAACAGAAACUGAAACUCUUCUCCUGCCUGUGAAAGCAACUGUUCUAGCCAGUGACAUUUAUCAGCGUCGCCCCGAAGGAUUCCCCCAGGGAGGGAUGGCAGCAGGAGUCCAGGAAGUUCCUCCAAGCCCCAGGCCACGGUUUCGGAUUACACUUCCACGAAAGCUUUAUAGUUAGUGUAAGCACUGGAUGCAGUGACACCAGCUGUAAAUUAAAGUACACUUGUUUUACCUAUUCUGCACUUAAGCAGCAGCAUCCUGAACAAAGCUCAUGCAAAUGAUGCACACUGACUUGGUUACUGUGACAAGAGAAGGGAAACACUGGAUGACGUUAACCAAAGCACUCGCUACAAGGGGACUGCAGGUUGUUACAACUGCUCAGCUCAGCAGAAGCACUCACAGCAAAGCCUCCUCAGUCCUGUCCCAAAUCCUUCACUUACUGUCUCCACAUUAAAUAAAUCCUUGAACUUCCUGGCAGCUGGAUUUAUUACAGUUAAACCCUAAUAAAUCAGCCUCUCUUUAACAUAUUUCACUAUCUGUAACCAAGUCUUACUGGUGACCCAUUGACACACGGCAAGUCUAAUAAGGGACAGGAGUCUUACAGAUAGGGCAGCCUCAAUGUGACAAGUGCAAAUACACACAACUCUGCACACACAGUUUUAUACAGCACAUUUCUGUAGCCUUACAGAUUCAGUCUACAAGAAGAAUCACAGAAUAUCCUGAGUUGGAAGGGACUCACAGAGAUCAGGUCCAGCUCUGCACGGGACAUCCUGAGAGUCACAUCAUGUGUCUGAGAGCAUUGUCCAAACACUUCUUGAGCCCUGUCAGGCUUGGUGCUCUGAUCACUUUCCUGGGGAGCCUGUUCCAGUGCCCAACCACCCUCUGGGUGAAGAACCUUCUCCUGAUAUCCUAACUCACUCUUCCCUGACACAACUUCAGGCCAUUGCCUUGGGUCCUGUCACUGGUCACCGAGAGAUCAGUGCUUGCCCCUCCUCUUCCCCUUGUGAGGAUGUUGCAGACUGCAAUGAGCUCUCUCCUCUGUCUCCUGCAGGCUGAACAGACCAAGUGCCCUCAGCCACUUCUCACACUUCCCCUCAAGGCCCUUCACCAUCUUUGUAGCUCUCCUUUGGGUGCUUUAUAAGAGUGUCUUAGAAGGGUUAAGUCUUCCCAGACAACAAGAAAGCCUUACUGGGAAUUUUUCACAAAGCAGCAGUCAACAUGUUUAACAUUAGGCUGGUGUUCACCUCACCCCCAUGAGCUCAGGUUUUGCAACACAAUUGAUGGUGACAGCUGAUAAACAGGGAACUCUAUGGAUGCCUCUCCUCAGCUGAACAGUCCUUGUUUGCUUCAUAUGUGUAACACUGACAUCAUCUUUUUCUUUCAACACAAACAUCUGUAAGCCUGCUUUGUUGUCCAACCAAUCAGCAAAGAAAUUCCAGCUGUAUCUCAUUCCUCUCCUCUGGAGAAAAAGAAAAGUGACCACAUCAGUCAGUUCUCAAAAACUUCACAGACAUGUACCUCUGACUGCUGCAUCUGCUCUAGGACUGCCCAGUACACAUCAAGUAUAGCUUUUUUUUCUGUUUAAAUAUCUUCUUACCUUUUCCUGUGUGGAAUUCUAUCCCCAAAGUAACACACAAUUAUAGUCUAGAAAAACAGCUAGUUUAAUGCCUUCCACCUUAGGGAUUUACCACCUGCAGCUCAUCAUGAAGGGAGUUUAGACAAACUUCUCUCACUCCAUGUUGAAACCUAAGAGAAAUCCUCACCCAGUCAGUUCACAUUUUAGUGAGACACCCCCAGUCCCAAGAGAAGUUCUGAUCAAGGCCAUCUCCCAUGACAAAGCACAGAGGGAGAGAAAUUAAUUGCACAGUAUUCUCCUCUCACAUGUCUAAUCCAGCUAAUCAAAGCUGCUGCUACCACAGCCAAACCUCCCUUUUCUUCUGACAGUGUCCUUUUGUGAAUUGAUUGACAAUUCCUACUGAAGCUGGCUGCAGCCAUCCCACGCUACCCAAACAACUGUGCCCAAUGCCUCUUUGAACAUUCCUCCCCUCAAAGUCUCCUGGACUCAAAACCAUAUCCCUCUCAGACAUACCAAGGAGCUCUUGAUUGAUUGGUUUAGUCUCACAAAACACAGAACACCAACACUCCUGGGUUAAAUCCAGGUUAAAUAUUGGUUGAAUAGUCUUGUUCAGCCAUCCAGAACAGAAACAGUUGAGUCACUGCAGAGGCACCCUGAGAACUUUCUAAGUUUCCAUCACCUUUCCCAGGUGGUUAUCACCAGAGCCAGUGAUUCUCUCUACUGAGACCUAGGAACCUCUCUGCAAUAUUAAACUUGAUCACAAAUUUGCCACACCUAGCAGACACCAAAAAGCAAAAAUCACUGAUCAAGCAUCACCUGACCAAACUUAGCCCUAUCUCAUUAAUUUCCUUAGUUAUUUCACAACAAUAUUUGAAACAUUUCAAAAAUAUUCUUUUAACAUGCUCAGAAUUAAAUACCACACAGGAAGCUGCCCAUUAAAGUCUUUAGUAUUCCUAAGCAGACUGUCCAUCCUGAAUGUGUGGUUGUGAUUUUUGUACCAUUCAAUUUGUGCAAUAAAAGCAAGCCCCUAAUCUACUUGAAGCCUGUGUAAGAACUCCAUCUCAUGUUAUUUGUUCCCUUCCAACAGCAAAAGGCCAAAUCUGAAGCCAGUCUGUAGCAAUCACAAAACACUUGCAGAGAAUCUGGACAUAAUUAUUAGUUUUGGUUCAACAACUGUACAGAGGUGGAGCUGGGAUUUCUUCUUAUUUUUUCUUCCUUCCAUUCAUGUUAAUUUUCUGUCUUCUUCACUACAGGUUAAGAGCCCAAGAAGAUCAACAUGAGGAUAAGCAACACUGAAAUACCUAGAUUUUAGUUCAACCUUAUGGAAACAUCCAGUGUAGUUUUUCCAUUUGUUUAAUCAGAUUAAAUGAGAAUAAAUAUAUUGCCUUUUCCCUGUUAAUGAGAAAGGUAGUCCAAAAGUUGCACAAUCUCAUGACGUGGCUGUGUGAAAUGUAAACAAUGGAAAGACUGCUGUAUUUCAACCCUACUACAGAGCAGUGCUGCAUGGUUCCCACAAAGUUUGUUUUUAAAAGGGAUUAGGUUUCUAAUAACCCCUGCUGAUGCACCUGAAAUCUUUUUCAAGUACUGGGAAUGCAGCAGGUUUCAACACAGUCAACUGUGAUUCUUCAGGAGCUGGUGACCUGCUCUGGUCUUCUAAUUCCUAAGUUUCUGUUUGCUUUCACAAUCAUAGGCUUGCCUUUCUGUGUGCUCACCUACCUUUAAUAAGCUGCACAUACCAGAUGGGUGGUGUGAGUACACAAAGUUGCACUUGACAACAAGGGACCCUUACACCCUCUUGUUCACAGUGACACAUGAGCACCUUCAAAUGUUCACAUGCUCAUCUCUCUUCACAGUGAGAGAUUGAGCCACUUAGAGAUGGUCUUUUGCCCCUCCUUGAUCCCACCUACACAGCAAUUGCUAAAAGAAAGGUCACAGGCUAUGUCUGAGGCACCACAUUUGUGUGUCCAAGUGCAGCUCUGUUUCUGGUUUAUGAAUUCAUUUCUCACAAGGUCCUUUCCUGUGCUUCAUCCUUUUUCCAACAUGUGACAUGCUGAGAGAGAGAUGGGGAAUUUUCCUUGAUACAUGCAGAUGAUUUGUUGUCACAACACUUCACAGUGACUGAGAAUCCCAUGAUUGGCCAUUAACAGCAGCUUUCACCAGUGUGAAACAUGAAUGCCAGUUCUGAACCAUCACAUCCACACUGUUAAGUGAGAUAUGUAUUCUAAUAAUAGAGAUUUAUGCUUGCCCUGUACUUGAAAGUGCUUUCCUGCUCAGGUUUGUAAAUCUAGGGAAUUUCACCCAAGAAAGGGCAAAUUGAUGUCCUAAGGAUAUUAGAAUUCCUAUCAGAGGACUGUUGGCACAGGACAGACCUCUUCCAUUUAAAGCACAUGCUGGCCUCUGUCAGUAGCCACCCAAGUACUGCAUUAGUACAGACCCACCACAAGUGAUGAAAAUCAGAGAACCAGAGGGAAACUUCAAGAAGGCAGCCUGUGUCAGCAGCUAGGGAGAGACAACUUUUCAACACCUAAAAGAUGUUUUCUCCAAGGAUUCUUCCCUAACACCAGUGACAGCAGAGACAAAAGUGUAGGAAUUCCACCUCUUCCAACUCAGAUCAGAGGAUAUCUGAAUCAUUAUAAGAUGACUCUGCAUCCCAAGCUACUCUUCUGUAUCACCAUUUACAUACUUUCCAUCAGUCCCUGAGUUCACGUGCCCAUAGCCACGAAUUUUUCUUCCAGGCCUCCUAGGGGAUCAUCAAACAGCAGUUCAUAAUACAGCAUCCAUAACAUCUGUUUCCCUGACAUUAAGGUAAACAGAGGCACAGCCAGCCUUCCCCUUUUGGUGCCCAGUUUUGGCCUCUCUGUCCUCAGUCACCUCAGCUGAGGGUGCACUGUGGUGUCACAAGCCAGCUCUCCAUCUGUAACACUUGUUUUUCCAGCGGGCUGGCCCAUUUCAGCAGCAGAUAAUGUGGAUAACAGAUGUACACUGACUUUACCAACAAAAUCUAUCAUCCUACAGUGCCUCCUCUUCCUCCAAGUAAUCCCUCUUAGGAGGGUCUUUUUUGGGAGUAGCAAAAGAAAAGAACAGAAUAAAAUGAAAUAGAACAGCCUAAGUCAGGAUAGAGAGACGUCUGAAUGCAGCUGUUUCCAGAUGCCUCUAUAAUUCUAAUUUCAUAUUUGUCCAGAUAUGGAUGAAACUUGUGAUUCAAGUGAAACAACUGGCAGAGCUGUAUGAAGACUGCCAUUUUUACAGAGUCUGAGAACCACCUGGAAAUGGAGCACGUGCUCCUGUGAAUCACCCAGACUCUGAAGAGGCAAGUGAACAAUCAUCCCCUGACAAAGUCACUUAUGAACAGCCAAGGUAUGGUUGUUACACCUGAGGUGCUGCCUGGAGAAUGACCAGCUGAACUGCUGGCCUUUUGCAUAAUUGCUAGUAAUAGACAACCUGAGACAAAGACAGCAGUCAGCCACAACUGGGAUGCAACUAAAAAUCCACAUGAAACUCAAGUUAGAAGUUCAGCUUUGAGUACCCAAGUCAGACAUGUGAGCCCGACACUCAGCAAAGUAUCUGGAAGCAGCCCCCACCACAUCCCCCAAACCAGUGAGACUUGGCAAUUGGUAAAAAAACACAGCAUGUGCUAUAAAUUAAUAACAACAGCAGCAGAGACUUGUUCACUUCAUUCUGCCCCACUACCCACACUGUGAAAAUAAAUCAUUUUAUCUGACACAGGACAAGUACAACAUUGCAACCAAUCAGUGCAAU